CCGCGGGACGGCCAUGCCGGGCCGCCUGCUGCGGGGCCUGUGGCAGCGAUGGCGUCGUUACAAGUACCGCUUCGUUCCUUGGAUCGCGCUGAACCUAAACCACAACCCGAGGACCGUCCGAUAUGUUCCAGAGGAAUCCAAAGACAAAGUUAUCUCAGAUGAAGAUGUCCUAGGAACAUUACUGAAAGUUUUCCAGGCUCUGUUCAUUAAUGAUUUCAAUAAGCAAUCAGAUAUCUUGACUAUGUUUCCAGAAACCGUUAAAUCAAAAUAUCAUGACCUACUGUCAGUUCAACAUCCAAGGGUGAAACUGCUUGAAUACAGACAUCAACAGCAAAAUAUCUUUAAACCAGAAGAAAUUCUUUAUAAGACACUGGGUUUCAGUGUUGCCCGAGCAACUAGCUCAUUGAUUUCUGCUGGAAAAGGUGUCUUCGUUACCAGAGGAUUGGUACCAAAAGGCGCGGUUGUAGCUAUGUAUCCUGGUACAGUAUAUCAGAAGUAUGAGCCAAUCUUUUUCCAAUCCAUUGGAAAUCCAUUUAUUUUUAGAUGCCUGGAUGGGGUACUUAUUGAUGGAAAUGACAAAGGAAUAUCAAAAGUCGUAUACAGAUCUUGCAAUGGGAGGGAUCAACUUGGUCCUUUAAAAAUGAGUGACAGUACAUGGCUAACAUCAGAAAUUUGUAAUCCACUUGCUGUAGGACAGUAUGUCAACAAUUGUUCAAAUGACAGAGCCGCUAAUGUCUGUUACCAGGAAUUUGAUGUGCCUGCAGUUUUUCCUAUAGAGCUAAAACAGUAUCUUCCAAACAUUGCCUACAGCUGUGACAAACAAAGCCCACUUCGAUGUGUCAUUCUUGUAGCACUCAGGGACAUCAAACAAGGAGAAGAGCUUUUUUCAAACUACUAUACAAUUGUCAGCUAACUAUGAAUUA